AGGGAAGCAGGAUGGAGAAAGAAGCCAAAGCUGGGCUUGUAUCCCAGUUAACCUGCUGGAGCUCAUCCUGCUUGAUCUGAGCGCUGCACCAACUCACCCAGUUUCCUCUCUCCUUGGAUGUCUUCUUCCCCCCUUUUUCUCCUUUACUCACUGCAUCCUCUACCCACUCCCCCACCCAUCAUUUCUGCAUCUGAGCAGAGGACGAAUGAGGGAGACGUUCCAGCAAAUCGAGGUAGCAACUUUCCUCAGCUGGUUUCUGGGCUCCAAGAGCGGGAUCCUGCUGAUUCUUGGAGGUAUGCGGCCCAUGGAGGAGGAGAAGGGAGAGCAGUGAUGGGCUAAGGACCGGUGCACGAAACCCCAAGCAGCUCAGUCUCACAAGCCCGCUCCACGUCCCCACGCGGGUUCCCUCCAUCUCGCUCUCCUGGGAGCAGAGAGCGCGUGGUGUGCAACCUGAGAGCAUCCAGAGAGGAUGAAGCAGGGACCCAGCCCAAGUUGGGUGCAUCUCGCGGGCGUGAGGCCACGACUGUGUCUCGGCAUGAAUUAAGAAGCUUGGAAGAUGGAGCGCAGCACAGUCCUCAUCCAGCCCAGGCUCUGGACCAGGGACACCAGCUGGACACUCCUCUAUUUCCUGUGCUACAUCAUCCCUCAGACCGCCCCGCAAGUGCUCAGGAUCGGAGGGAUUUUUGAAACUGUGGAAAAUGAACCCGUUAAUGUUGAAGAAUUAGCUUUCAAGUUUGCAGUCACCAGUAUUAACCGAAACCGAACAUUGAUGCCUAACACCACAUUAACCUAUGACAUCCAGAGAAUUCAUCUUUUUGAUAGUUUUGAAGCCUCCCGGAGAGCUUGUGACCAGCUGGCUCUUGGUGUGGCCGCUCUCUUUGGCCCUUCCCACAGCUCUUCUGUCAGCGCUGUGCAAUCUAUUUGCAAUGCUCUGGAGGUUCCACACAUUCAGACUCGCUGGAAACACCCUUCGGUGGACAACAAAGACUUAUUUUACAUCAACCUCUACCCAGAUUAUGCAGCUAUCAGCAGGGCAGUGCUGGAUCUGGUCCUCUAUUACAACUGGAAAACAGUGACUGUGGUGUAUGAAGACAGCACAGGUCUAAUUCGCCUGCAAGAGCUCAUCAAAGCUCCUUCCAGAUACAACAUUAAAAUCAAAAUCCGCCAGCUGCCCUCUGGGAAUAAAGAUGCCAAACCUCUGCUCAAGGAGAUGAAGAAAGGCAAAGAGUUUUAUGUGAUAUUUGAUUGUUCCCACGAAACAGCUGCUGAAAUCCUUAAGCAGAUUUUGUUCAUGGGCAUGAUGACUGAAUAUUAUCACUACUUCUUCACAACCCUGGACUUGUUUGCUUUAGAUCUGGAACUCUACAGGUACAGUGGUGUCAAUAUGACUGGCUUUCGGUUGCUGAAUAUUGACAACCCUCAUGUGUCAUCCAUCAUUGAGAAGUGGUCCAUGGAAAGGUUGCAGGCUCCACCCAAACCUGAGACUGGUCUGCUGGAUGGCAUGAUGACAACUGAAGCAGCUCUGAUGUAUGACGCUGUGUACAUGGUGGCCAUUGCUUCCCACCGUGCCUCACAGCUGACGGUCAGCUCCCUACAGUGCCAUCGACACAAGCCAUGGCGCCUUGGACCCAGAUUUAUGAACCUGAUCAAAGAGGCUCGAUGGGAUGGCUUGACUGGACGUAUCACCUUUAAUAAGACCGAUGGCUUGAGAAAGGAUUUUGACCUGGACAUUAUCAGUCUCAAAGAGGAAGGAACUGAAAAGGCUGCUGGUGAAGUGUCUAAGACCUUGUAUAAAGUGUGGAAGAAGAUUGGGAUUUGGAACUCCAACAGUGGGCUGAACAUGACAGACGGCAACAGAGACAGGUCCAACAAUAUCACGGAUUCGCUGGCCAACCGAACACUCAUUGUAACCACUAUUCUGGAAGAGCCCUAUGUGAUGUACAGGAAAUCUGAUAAGCCCCUAUAUGGCAACGACAGAUUUGAAGGAUAUUGCCUGGAUCUGCUGAAAGAAUUGUCAAAUAUCCUGGGUUUCCUUUAUGAUGUUAAACUAGUUCCUGAUGGCAAAUAUGGAGCCCAAAAUGACAAAGGAGAGUGGAAUGGAAUGGUUAAAGAACUCAUCGACCACAGAGCUGACCUCGCAGUGGCUCCCCUCACCAUCACCUAUGUCAGGGAGAAGGUCAUAGACUUCUCCAAGCCCUUCAUGACCUUGGGCAUUAGCAUCCUUUACCGGAAGCCCAAUGGAACCAACCCAGGUGUCUUCUCCUUCCUCAACCCCCUGUCUCCAGACAUUUGGAUGUAUGUGCUGCUGGCCUGCUUGGGAGUCAGUUGUGUACUCUUCGUGAUCGCAAGGUUUACACCCUACGAGUGGUAUAACCCCCACCCAUGCAACCCCGACUCAGACGUGGUGGAAAACAAUUUCACUUUGCUAAAUAGUUUCUGGUUUGGAGUUGGAGCUCUCAUGCAGCAAGGAUCAGAGCUGAUGCCCAAAGCUCUAUCGACCAGAAUAGUUGGAGGAAUAUGGUGGUUUUUCACCCUAAUCAUCAUUUCAUCCUACACUGCCAACCUGGCUGCCUUCUUGACAGUAGAGAGGAUGGAAUCUCCCAUCGAUUCUGCAGAUGAUCUGGCCAAACAAACCAAGAUAGAAUACGGAGCAGUCAGAGAUGGAUCAACAAUGACCUUCUUCAAGAAAUCAAAGAUAUCCACCUAUGAGAAAAUGUGGGCUUUUAUGAGCAGUAGACAACAGAGUGCACUGGUUAAAAACAACGAUGAAGGGAUCCAAAGGGUGCUCACCACCGACUAUGCCCUGCUAAUGGAGUCCACCAGCAUUGAGUAUGUGACACAGAGAAACUGCAACCUCACGCAGAUUGGGGGCCUCAUAGACUCCAAAGGUUAUGGAGUGGGAACACCUAUAGGCUCUCCCUACCGGGAUAAAAUUACAAUUGCCAUUCUUCAGCUGCAAGAGGAAGGGAAGCUCCACAUGUUGAAAGAGAAGUGGUGGCGGGGGAAUGGCUGCCCUGAGGAGGACAGCAAAGAAGCCAGCGCCCUGGGAGUGGAGAACAUUGGAGGCAUCUUCAUUGUGCUGGCUGCAGGGCUGGUCCUUUCUGUGUUUGUAGCCAUUGGAGAAUUUAUAUACAAAUCACGGAAGAACAGUGAUAUUGAGCAGAAAGGAAAGUCAUCAAGACUUAGAUUUUAUUUUAGGAACAAAGUAAGGUUUCAUGGGAGCAAAAAAGAAAGCCUUGGUGUAGAGAAGUGUCUCUCUUUCAAUGCCAUCAUGGAAGAGCUGGGAAUCUCACUCAAGAAUCAGAAAAAAAUAAAGAAAAAGUCAAGAACUAAGGGCAAAUCUUCCUUCACGAGUAUUCUUACUUGUCAUCAGAGACGAACUCAGAGAAAAGAGACUGUGGCGUGAUCCAAGAACAUGCCUGUAGGUACCGUCCAAGAAGAAGGCCAUGCCACUAUUCAUAUGUGGAAGAAGGAUUUCUGAGGAGUAAGAGAUGCGUGUCCACAUAUCUUUAUCCACAAGUCCAGUCAUGGAUAGAGGUAGAAGAAAUGCACAAUUUUUAAAGCUCACAUAAAUAUUAUUCAGAAGUGAAACUGAUUCUUUUCAGAUGAAUUUGUAUGCACACUUAUUUUGCAUUUUCUCUUUUCCCUCAAUAUAUUGCUAUGUGUGCUUUCUAAACAAUAAUAAACAAGUUGAUUUUGGUUUU